GACGCAGUAUCAUCGGGUAUCCAUUUUCGUCUAACGGCGAGCGGUAAGAAACGCAAGAAACGAACCAAUUCAACGCCAUCGAUCGGCUACACCGUGCUUCCUUCCCUCAUUCUCAAUUCAAAACCGUUUUGAUUCCUUCACCUCGCCGUCACCUUUCUUCGCGUCACAGUUUCUAAGAAACUGGUUUCGAUGGUGCGAGCUCCAAAUCCACCGCGUCGGGAAUCAACCGUGCCCUUAGUCAUUUGAUGUUGGAUAUAUUUAUCACGAAACAACAAUUUCAGUACUUAGCAAACUUUCAAGACAUAGGAAGAAUCUAUGUUGCAUGAAUGAGUAUGGUACUCGUACACAAUGUGGACAUGCAGAUGGAAUUCAACAGUCUUUAAAAAUUGAAGGGAGAGGGUUUGACUAAUGAAGGGCUUAUUCCUCAUAUAUUUUCUUCUAUGCCAGCUCUCAAUGAUGCUGCUUCUUAUCUUGCAGAAACAACAUCAUACCUAACUGGUUGUUUCUCUGAUUAUUCAGUAGAAAAUUCUCCCGGACAUUCUGGUCCUCCUGGCUCUCGUGCACUAGAGCUUGUGGAUUUUCCUUCUGCAGAAAUUGGGGAGUCUUCAUCUCUUGAAAUUGAUCAUAUUCCUUCAAACAGUAACCAUUUAACAAGUGUUGAAUCAUCUAAUACUGCAACUCCUGCACCUCUACAUAGAAAUGAUGAAAUCACAAGGACUUCUGGUGGAGAUCUGUUACAAAAUUCCAGUGCACUUGUUGAAUCAAAUCGUGCUGGACAAAGUGGAAUUUCUAUUUUCCAAAGCCUGAUUGAUCGUGCUCGAAGGACUGUGCGUGGAUCUGCAGAUGAUAUAGGAUGGCUUCAACAUGAUCCGGGUAUGCCCCCAGUUGAAGAUGGAACAGAGAGAUUCCUGGAAAUUCUGGACAACAUCAAGCAUGGUGUUCACAAGUUACCAAAUUCAAUGGUUUAUUUGUUAAUUCCAGGUCUUUUCAGUAAUCAUGGUCCACUUUACUUUGUCAGUACGAAAGUCAGUUUUUCAAAAAUGGGUUUGACUUGUCAUAUCGCAAAGAUUCAUAGUGAGGCUUCAGUUGAGAAAAAUGCCAGAGAACUAAAAGAGUAUAUUGAGGAAAUUUAUUGGGGUUCAAAGAAACGUGUUUUGCUUCUUGGACAUAGCAAAGGGGGAGUAGAUGCUGCAGCUGCUUUAUCAUUAUACUGGUCUGAUUUGAAAGAUAAAGUUGCUGGAUUGGCAUUAGCACAAAGUCCGUAUGGGGGUACUCCUAUAGCUUCAGAUCUUCUGCGAGAAGGACAGCUUGGUGAUUAUGUAAAUUUACGGAAACUUACAGAGAUUCUUAUCUGUAAAGUAAUUAAGGGUGACAUGCGAGCCUUAGAAGACUUGACAUAUGAAAGACGGAGGGAAUUUUUAAAGGAACAUCAUCUACCAAAAGAAGUCCCUGUUGUUUCCUUUCACACCGAAGCUAGCAUUUCCCCAGCUGUUUUAGCCACAUUAUCUCACGUUGCACAUGCUGAACUACCACCCUUGAUUGCCUCAAGCGGUGAACGUACAAGACUCCCUGUUAUAAUGCCCCUUGGUGCUGCUAUGGCUGCUUGUGCACAGUUGCUGCAGGUGAGAUAUGGGGAGAAAAGUGAUGGGCUUGUGACAUGCCGAGAUGCAGAAGUUCCUGGAUCUGUUGUGGUGCGACCUAAACGAAAAUUGGACCAUGCUUGGAUGGUUUAUUCAGCGCUAAAUGAUGACACUUCUGAAGGAGAUGCGUCUCAGGUGUGUGAGGCUCUCUUGACUCUACUUGUGGAAGUCGGGCAGAAAAAGAAGCAUGAGCUUGGAAUGAAAAGUGAAUGACGCAUUCAAAGUUUCUGUUGGAUUGCACCAGUACAUAUUUUUCUCUUCAAAUCUCUAUGUUCAAUUUAGUUUUUAUUAUAGUCCAGGCGAAACAAAAGUUGAGGUAGGUUAUAGAUAAGAAUAUGCAUUCAUUCAUAUAUAUAGAUGUAGAGCAAACAGCUCAUUUCUAUGCAAACCUUUUAUUUUAUAAAAAGUAAUUAUUUCUUAAG